AUGCAGAGCUACAAGUACGAUAAGGCGAUCCCGCCGGAGAGCAAGAAUGGGGGCAGCCCGGCGCUGAACAACAACCCGGCCAAGAGCAGCAGCAAGAAAGCCCUGCUCAUCUGCCUCGACUUCCUCUGCCUCGUCAUGGCUGGGUUGCCCUUCCUCAUCAUUGAAACGAGCACAAUCCAGCCCUACCAGCGGGGCUUCUACUGCGACGAUGACAGCAUCAGGUACCCGCUGAAGGCGAUGGAGACCAUCAACGACGCGGUGCUGUGUGCUGCAGGCAUCCUCAUUGCCAUCCUCGCUAUCAUAACGGGUGAGCUCUACCGGGUCCACUACCUGAAGGAGAAGUCCCACUCCUUCAUCCAGAACCCCUAUGUGGCAGCUCUCUACAAGCAGGUGGGCUGCUUCGUCUUCGGCUGCGCCAUCAGCCAGUCCUUCACGGACAUUGCCAAAGUCUCCGUCGGGCGCUUGCGGCCGCACUUCCUGGAGGUUUGCGAUUUGGAUUUCUCCACCAUCAACUGCGCUAAGGGAGUUUACAUCCAAAACUACACCUGCAGGGGAAGUGACAGCAAAGUCCAGGAAGCCAGGAAAUCCUUCUUCUCUGGGCAUGCAUCCUUCUCCCUGUACACCAUGCUGUAUUUGGUGUUUUAUCUGCAGGCCAGAUUCACGUGGAAGGGAGCUCGGCUGCUUCGUCCCCUCCUCCAGUUCACCCUCAUCAUGAUGGCGUUUUACACCGGGCUGUCCCGCGUCUCAGACCACAAGCACCACCCCACCGACGUGCUGGCAGGCUUUGCACAGGGGGCCCUGGUGGCUUACUGCGUGGUGUUUUACGUCUCAGAUCUCUUCAAACCCAAGACAAAGUCUUGCCUGCCUCCACCACCCAUCCGGAAGGAGAUCCUUUCACCUGUGGACAUCAUUGAGAGGAAUAACCAUCACAACAUGGUGUAG